AUGUUUGAUGACUUUAGAUACAAUGCUAGCACAACGCCACUGGACACUCAUCAGAUCACUCCCACAAAGACAUCAUUGCCAUCUUCAUUGUCCAUAUCGCCGUCAUCAUCAUUGUAUAACAAUACUCAAUCACAUGCAGUGGUUAACGUUCAACCUCCUUCAUUGAAUGGAUAUACACCAAGCAACAAUGUUGUUGCUACCUCCACUGCUACUGCUACCUCUACCUCCACGUCAACCUCCGCCACUGUCUUACCCGCCACUCAAUCCAAUGACAAUGUCGACAACUCAUCACGUCAAAAGAAGAGACAAUCAAAAAAGAAAGACAAGGACAAUGACGUAGAUACAGACCAACAACACUCAUCUCCACUUCAACAACAUCAACUAUCACAAUCACAACAACAACAACCACAACAACUGCAAUCACAACAACAAGAAACACCAAUAUUCACAGAGCUGGAGCUAUCCAAACUCAAGUCACAGCUAUCCAAUCACUAUCAACUCUUGGUACAAGUACUUCUCAAGACACGCAUUGAGAAGAUCAACUUUACCAACAUGGCAAUCAAAUCAAAGGAGAAGCAAGUGAAGACCAUGCUCAAACAAGGCUCAAUCCUGGCCAAUUCCUUCCAGAAUGAGGAGUUGCCAGAGUAUCCACGUGCCAAAGACGUCGACGUUUGUAAGAAAAUGCUCGACGAUAUCUACAUCAACUAUAUGAAACAUUAUGACAAGCACGCCUACGCAGAGAUAUUGCUUCAACAGAUUGAAUCGCCGACAAAGGUCAUCACACGUGCUUCAAAGAAGUCGAUGGUGCCUCGAUUCAUCUCACCACUGUACGAUGGAGAGUGUCUGCGGCUUCAUCCUUAUAUCGACGAACUGCUCAAGGAGGACCCAAACCCCAGUGAGAACACCAUGAAGAUCAUCCUCAACACAUUUAAGGACUACUUUAGCGAAGCAUUGUCACUUAACCAGGUCGGUCUGAGUCGACUCAAGUUCACACCAUCAGAGGACAAGCUGCUGGCACUUGGACUCGAACGAUAUGGUUCCAACUGGGAGUUGAUUCGAGACACCCUAUUGCCCACCAAGACCAUUGAGCAACUAUUCCAUCGAUACAAGAAUAGGACCUGUUCAAAGACCUCGGAUAAUAUCCUCAAAGAGGUACACUCUGGCAGGAACCUGACGACCGAGGAAGAGGAACUAUUUAAGCAAGGUCUCAAGAGAUUUGGCGAAGACUGGGAAUCGAUCUCAACACACUACCUCCCCAACAAGACUCCGGUGGCCCUUGGAGACUUUUACAGCAGGAAGAUGAAGAAGGAGAGAAAGCAAGGCAAGAGUGGCAACAGGACAAACAAGAGGACUAAAGUCUCUCCAGAGAAGGUAUCAGAGACCACCAAAAAGAAGCAAAAGACAUUACCCAAGAAGGUCAACAUCAAUCUGUUGAAUGACUCCAUUCUCAACAAUCGACCACCUCCAAUUGCAAUCACUCCACAGCCAGCAACACUCUCGUCAAGCAUCAGUGAAUCACAAGACAGCGUAUUCAACAAUGACAACGACAACUAUGACAACAAUGACAACAACUAUGACAACAACUACGACAACAACUAUAACUAUGAUAACAACUACAGCAAUGACUCUCCACCAUCAAACAACAUCAACAACUCAAAUGACGACAACAUUACCAUCAACAAUAACUUCAACAAUGACGACACAUUCACCAACAACACCAUUACCAGCACUUCCAGCACAAGCACGACCAGUACCAUCACGACCAACACCAACGCCCCUAUCAGGAGUGAUAACCUGGAGUUGAUUGAGGGAGUACUGAUAAAGUGGAACAGGGAGGAGGACAAGAUACUGUUGACAACAGUGCGAGCAAGGAGUGGAGAGAACCUGGAGGAUAUGUGGCAGUGGCUCUCUGUCAACAGUCUACCAAGCAAGACACCAUUGCAGAUACAACAUCGAUACAAUCAUCUGAUGGAGCUGCUCAAAAGGGCUAAUAAAGGGUAG